UGGCCUCCAAAUGCUUCGCCGUUGUCACCUCCUCCUCGGUGGCAGCAGACCUCCCAAAUCUCUGCCGUCGUGCAGCUCCCCCUCUCCUCGGUGGCAUUCUCUCAAACACCUCCUAAGCAUCCGUGCCGCCGUCUCCCACGCCGCGGCAGACCCCUGCUCCCUCACGCUCCACUUCCUCCGCAAUUCCUGCGGCCUCUCCGAGCCCGCCGCCACCAAGGCGGCCGCGCGCGUCCACCUGCGUUCCACCAAGAAGGCGCACGCCGUCCUCGCCCUCCUCCGCGGCCUCGGCCUCGCGGGCUCCGACAUCGCCCGUGUCGUCGCCGCCGCCCCCGAUUUGCUCAACUACCGGGCCGACGUCACGCUCGCGCCCAAGAUCGACUUCUUCCGCCGAGACGUCGGCCUCUCCGACGCCGACAUCCGCCGCAUCCUCCUCCUCGACCCGUACCGCGUUCUCUGCUACAGCCUCGCUAACCGCCUCCGCCCCAACUACCUCCUCCUCAAGAACCUCCUCGGCACCGACCAGAACGUGGUCGCCGCAGUCAAGCAGUCCUCCGAGUUCCUCCACGGCAACGUCCAAUCCGAGCUGCUCCCAAAGGUCAAGAUCCUCCGCGAAUAUGGUGCCACCGACGAUGUUAUCAUCAAGCUGCUCACCAAGCACCCCAGGUCGCUUAACCACAAGUACGGAGGCUCCCUCUUUAACGACACCUUUGCCGCCAUCAAGGAGCUCGGGGUCAGCCCGUCCCACGGCAUCUUCCCGCACGCCUUUGGGGUGUUAGCUCGCAUGUAUCCCUCCGGAUGGAAGCGCAAGAUGGACAAUUAUCUCAGCUUGGGGUGGACUGAGGAGCAGGUGAAGCAGGCCUUCGUGAGGCACCCAUACUGCAUAUCCGUGUCGGCUGACAAAGUCAGGCUUAUCUGGCAAUUCUUUGCCGAUAAGCUUGGCUGGACCCCGGAGUAUGUUUCGGCUAGCCCAAUGCUCAUCUCGCUCAGCUACGAGAAGCGCAUCCUACCAAGGUACAGGGUGCUACACAUAUUGGUGUCCAAGGGUCACAUCAGAAGCAUCCGGAUAGCCCAUCUCAUUCUGGGGGAGAAGAAGUUUGUGGACAAGUAUGUCACCAAUUACCUGGAAACGAUUCCUCAACUACUGGAAGCUUACAGAGCUGGGACAGACAGUGCUGUGACUGCAAAGUAGCUGGACGAUUCUGCUGCGUUCUACCCUGCACAAAGCUUGUUGACUCAGGACACUGAAGCUCAUUUUACUUCAAAAUUGGCUGGAGCACAUUUUCCUUCAAGAACCGGCUUAUAGGAUUGGUUUGAAUUGUAGAUACUAACAUAUAAUCUCCGUGUAUUUCUUCUAAUGCAUUGUAUCAUUCUUAUCAAAUGUGGAUUCAUCUCAGCUUAGCACCACAUCAAAUUCUUACACAUUUAGCAAAUAUAAUCGUCUAUAUGACCAAUUAUGUCAGUCAGGUAAAAUAUUUCCUUCCCAUCUGAACAUUCAAUUCUCUUACA